UCGGCCGGCGGGGCGGCCGCUGCGGGGCGAGGCGGGGAGCGGCUCCGGAGCGAUGUGGACGGCCCUCGGCACCCUCUCGGAGCCCCCCGGUCCCAGGGCAGCCAGCGGCCGCUUCUGGGCUGCCACCCUGGGAGCAGCGGUGGGGCUCUUCCUCCUCGGGUUCCUCAUCGGCUGGUUUGCAAAACCUGUAGAAGAGAAGACAUCUUCGAGUCCUCAUGGGGAGGUGAAGGCGGCAUUUAUGGCUGAAAUGAAGGCUGAAAACAUCAAGCAGUUUCUUUUCAAUUUUACACAGCUUCCUCACCUCGCAGGAACAAAGGAGAAUCUGCAUCUGGCACAGCAAGUCCAAGCUGAGUGGAAGGCGUUUGGUUUGGAUUCUGUUCAGUUGGUUCAUUACGAUGUCUUGCUCUCUUACCCUGAUGAAACUAAGCCCAACUACAUCUCAGUAAUUGAUGAGUAUGGAAAUGAGAUUUUCAACACAUCAUUAUCAGAGCCUCCUCCGCCAGGGUAUGAGACUGUUACAGAUGUGGUGCCACCCUACAGUGCAUUUUCAGCCCAAGGAGUGCCUGAGGGUGACUUAGUCUACGUGAAUUACGGCCGCACAGAGGACUUCUUUAAGCUAGAACGUGAAAUGGGAAUUAACUGUACAGGAAAGAUUGUUAUUGCCAGAUAUGGGAAGAUCUUCAGAGGAAAUAAGGUGAGGAAUGCUGAAUUGGCAGGUGCCAAGGGAGUUAUUCUGUAUUCAGACCCUGCUGACUACUGUGCCCCAGGAGUAGAUCCCUAUCCAAACGGCUGGAACCUUCCAGGCGGCGGAGCCCAGCGUGGAAAUGUGUUAAACCUGAAUGGAGCUGGGGACCCUCUGACACCAGGCUAUCCUGCGAAAGAAUACACCUACCGAUUAGACAAAGCCAGUGGUGUAGGUCUCCCAAAAAUUCCAGUUCAUCCCAUUGGCUAUUAUGAUGCUGAGUCAUUACUGCGGAAUAUGGGAGGAUCUGCACCACCACAUAGUAGCUGGAAAGGAAAUUUGAAUGUGUCUUACAACGUUGGUCCUGGUUUCACAUCAAAUUAUUCUACAAGAAAGGUGAAAAUGCACAUUCAUAGCAACAACAAAGUAACAAGGAUUUACAAUGUGAUUGGUACCAUCAGAGGCACAGUGGAACCAGACAGAUACGUUAUCCUAGGAGGCCACCGUGACUCGUGGGUGUUUGGUGGUAUUGAUCCUCAGAGUGGAGCAGCUGUGGUUCAUGAGAUUGUGAGGAGCUUUGGAAAACUGAAAAAGGAAGGAUGGAGGCCAAGGAGAACAGUGAUAUUUGCAAGCUGGGAUGCAGAGGAAUUUGGCUUGUUAGGAUCGACAGAAUGGGCUGAGGAAAAUGCCAAACUAUUGCAAGCACGCGGAGUAGCUUAUAUCAAUGCAGAUUCCUCUAUUGAAGGAAACUACACACUAAGAGUGGAUUGCACGCCACUGAUGUACAGACUAGUGUACAGUGUGACCAAAGAGAUACCAAGUCCUGAUGAGGGGUUUGAAGGAAAAUCUCUCUAUGAGAGCUGGUAUAAAAAAAAUCCAUCAAGAGAAUAUAAAGAGGUUCCCAGAAUAAAUAAAUUGGGUUCUGGCAAUGACUUUGAAGUCUUUUUUCAACGUCUUGGCAUCGCUUCAGGCAGAGCACGUUACAGUAAAAACUGGAGUGUAGAAAAGUAUAGCAGCUAUCCAGUUUACCACAGUGUCUAUGAGACCUAUGAAAUUGUGGAGAGGUUUUAUGAUCCCACUUUCAAGAAUCAUCUGACAGUAGCUCAGGUACGGGGAGGGCUGGUGUUUGAGUUGGCCAACUCUGUUGUGCUUCCUUUUGACUGCAGAGAUUACGCAUCAGCUGUGAGCAACUAUGCUCAUAUCAUCUAUAAUAUGUCAAGAAAUCAUGAAGAGCAACUGGCAACAUACAACGUAUCCUUUGAUGCUCUGUUUUCAGCUGUGAAGAAUUUUACAGAAGUGGCUUCUAACUUUCAUGACAGACUGCAGCACAUAGAUAUCAAUAACCUACUUGCUGUCAGAUCAUUAAAUGAUCAGCUCAUGUUUCUAGAAAGGGCUUUCAUUGAUCCACUUGGAUUACCUGGAAGGCCAUUUUAUAGACAUGUUAUCUUCGCUCCAAGCAGCCAUAACAAGUAUGCAGGAGAAUCAUUCCCAGGGAUCUAUGAUGCCAUGUUUGACAUUAAAAACAAACCCUAUCAACGUGAAGCCUGGGAAGAAGUGAAGAGGCAAAUUUCCAUUGCUGCCUUCACUGUACAGGCAGCAGCAGGAACACUGAAGGAAGUAGCUUAAAUAUCAACAACAUAAUCAUCAACGAAGACUACAGAUAACAGCUUGCAGAAGACUCAAAACAGGAACUUCUAAAACACUAAGAGGAUUAUUAGAAAGAACACAAAACCCAGAUAGUCUUGUUCUUUGCAAAUAAUAUAACCAAGUGCAAUGCAUUUAGCAGUGUUAAGGUAAAGUAAUCCAUUCUGAGAGCUCAGGCUUUAGAUAACUUCUGAAGUGAGAGUCUACAUUUAAAAAAAAACACUAUUUUUCUCUGUUUCAUAUUUCAAGAAUUGAUAACCACUGGAUUUAUUUUCAGAGCUGUGAAUUUUGCCUGCUUGAUUAAUUUCUAUAGUAAUCCUCACAGUGCAUUAGGAAAACAAAAGACAUUUCAUGUUUUUAUCAGUUUCUAUCUUUGUUGUCGACUUUCUAUUUUUUACCUUGGAAUUGCAUAACAUAUACAAGAUAACCUUUUCAGCUCUCGUGAAGAUUCACAUAUGAAGAUGGGAAAACUGUCACAUGCUGCGUGAGGAAUAUAUCAUGAUCUUAACAAGUUCGGGGCUGCCAGCCCAAAAUACUCAUCUAUGAUCCUCUUUAUAUGCAGAGUCUUUCAGCUGUUUGCAAAUAGAGUUGAGCAAGAAACCUUCUAGUCACCAGAGUGAAAACAAGGCAAAGCAUCUUGUCAGACUAUUAUGAUCUCACAAAACAUGUCUUUCAAGAUGAAGACUUAUUUUUAUUCUCUUAUCCCAAACGUACUUGUGCUAAUUCUUGGCCAUAACAAGGCAUUUUUAAUAUGAAAACAAUUAGCAAGGAAAAUUCAUCGUGUCCUUAAUUUGAAAGGAUACCAAAUUAUUAACAUCUUCAUGGAAUCUGUAUUUCUGAUUUUGGCAUGCAGCUUACUCUUACAACAAACUGCUCAAAAGAGUACAAUGGGACAAUGUCAUCAGACAGAAGACUCAGAAAAUCAGGUCAAUUCAUCUGACAGUCUGCCACUGGAGGAUUUAAUAAGCUCUUGCAUGGCAAAUAUUUUUGUGUAAUAUAAUUUGCCAUUUCAGCUCAGACUUCCACCAUUUCUUAGAAGACUGAGCCAUGAUCUGGUGGAUUUCAGUGUUGUGAUAGAUUUGGGAUUUUCCAUAAAACCCUAAUUUAUUCAUAGAUAUUUCUGACCUAACCACAGCAUGGGUUCAUUUAAUUAGGGGUCUUUUUGGCAAUAGCUGGCAGGUAAUAUACAAUGGCAGGGCCUAGGACCUCACAAAAUAUUAAGCUACAUAUAUAUGUAUAAAAAUAUGUAUCUGUGGUUUGUUCCCUAAGCACUACAGGUAAUAGGACAUAGGGACAGAAGCUCUCUCCUCUUGACUCCGUGCCUCAGAACAGAGCGAAGGUACAGGUUGGCUGGUGCAGAGUGUCAUGGAUAAGAUUUAAACUGUCUAAAGAAUCACUGCCAAAGUUAGUAG